GACCAGAGGACAGUUGGCCAUCAGGGGCGCAGUGCGGCCCAGGAAACGGUGCCCAGGAACAGAACAUGACGACUGAACCUGCCACAAGGCUACAGGACAGCCAAGGCCUGUGGAAGAGUCGCUAUACGCUGGCUCUUCUGUGCAUGCUGGGACUUGCUGUAAAAUACGCUAUACGCGUCAACAUCUCCGUGGCCAUUGUGGACAUGGUCAACCAGACGGCGCUGCUAGAAAGCGGCGGCAGUGGCAACGACAGCCACUAUGUGGCUGACGACCCACUGGUGUGUCCAGGAGAGCUGGCUGCAGAGGGCGCUGACUCACGCAAGGAGGGCUACUUUGUAUGGGACAAGCACAAGCAAGGAGAGAUCCUGGCGGCCUUCUACUAUGGCUACACGGUGGGACACCUCCCCGGUGGAGUGCUUGCCGACCGUUUCGGAGGUAAACUCAUAUUCGGGAUCGGCAUCUUCCUCUCGUCUCUGCUGACGGUCCUGACACCGGCUUCCGCGUGGGCCGGUGACCACAUUCUUUUCGUCAACAGGUUAGGCGUUGGACUCUUUCAGAAGAAACUGCCUGUGCCCUGGAGGAGUGUAAUUUCCACGCCGGCUGUCUGGGCCAUGGUCGCCUUCCUGAUCACGUUUGACUGGAGUUUCUACCUGCUCAUCACUUCGCUGCCGCUCUAUCUCGCCAACAUCAUGCACUUCGAUAUGCACAGCAACGGGCUCCUGUCCGCCAUACCUCACAUCACCGGUGGAGUCGGCAGUCUAUUGUUUGGGUGGCUCGCUGACUUUGUGUUCCGGAAGGGCUACGUAUCCAAAAUCACCGGUUUCCGCCUAAUAAAUGCAAUAGGUCUGCUGGGGCCGGCGGCGGCUCUGGUGGUGGUGGCGCUGGUGGGCUGCGACACGGCGGUCAUCGUGGUGAUGCUGGCGCUCAGCGGCUUCUGCAUGGCCACCAAUUGCUCCGGCUUCUACAUGAACAUGCAGGCCAUAGCGCCCAACUACGUCGGCACCAUAGUGGGGGUCGUCAACACCUUCGGCAACUUGUCGGGUAUCAUCGUUCCCUACGUCGUCGGUGCAUUCACCAACACCAACCAAACGCGGUCUGCUUGGAACGCGGUGUUCUACCUGUCGGCGGCGCUGUCAGCAGCUGGGUACGUCGUCUACGCCGUGUUCACCACAGCCGAGGAGCAGCCGUGGAACAUUUGCCCCUCAGGAAAAGAAUCCAAAGCAAAGAGCGAGGGGUCCGCUGACACAGCAGCCAUCGAAGAUGAAGUCGUGGAAGAGAGUGGGCGUAAAUCCAUUGACUUUUAGCCAUCGAUGUCUUCAGCACAUUCUGAUGUGUCAAAAGCGGGGUGAACGAAGGUAAUGGUCGCACAAUCGACGUGGACUUUGUCUGGAGAUGGACUCUCCAAAUAUGUGGAUUGUUGCACUUAGUUCCUAGGCACUCGUUGGUUUCUGCAAAGAGAAAAGUUGUCAACUUCCUAUGAAGUACCUGUUAUUUCCUAUGAAUGUAUUAAACAUGCAGUUUUUAGGAUUGUGCCAACCAAUGGGCAAAAUUUUCAAAUUUAAACUCAUGUUUCAGGGGUGUCGUUGAGAGAAGGCACGGAUGCAAAUCCGUUAAGCCGUGACUUGUAUCACACCUGAAUAUCAUCAACGUUUCAUUGCUUU